UUAUUCACCCAAAAAAACUAGCAAGGUUUAUCAACAGGCGAGUCGAGAACUUUACCAGUCUCCUAUUUUAAGCUCUCAAAUAUCUUCAAAUCCUCACUGCGCUGUUCCUCAUCCUCAACCCAUUCCUAACUUCUCUUUCCUCUUUUGCAACUCUCUCUCUCUCUCUCUCUACAUGAGCUCUGCAACCCUCGACCUCUAGCUUUCCCACAUGAAUAUGGCGGUUCGAGCAAUGAACACCUGUUCAAUCGUUCGCUCUGCUUCUUCCCCACCUCUCGCUGCUUUUCGAUGCCGUCUUCACCAAUUCAGAGCCUUGCAGUUUCGGAGGCAUCCGAAUUUAGGGUUUCAGUUUUCAAUUUUUCGGCCUCACCGGCACAACCUCAUGCUCGGCCAUGGUCGAAGCUAUUCUGUUCAAAGUCUCGUUGAUUCUGUCAUGGAAGAGCUCGAUGCCCUGCGCAAACGGAAGAGAGUUCGCGCAACUAGCAAAAUAGGACUAACAAGCAGUGGGGAGCUUCUUGAAGAUAAACUUGAAAAGCGAGCACUGCAAAAAGGGUUCCUGCUGGAGUUCAAGAAAGACUCUGAAAGGGUAUUGCUAGCAGUUGCUCAGAAACCCGAUGGCAAGAAGAACUGGAUGGUCUCUGAUCAGAAUGGUGUUACUACUUCCAUUAAACCACAACAAAUAACUUUUAUUGUUCCCGGUGUUAAAAAUUUCAAUCACAUGGACAUAUCAGAUUUUAUCCAGAAAGCUCAAAAUAACUUGGAUCCCUCACUGCUUGAGUUUGCCUGGGUUGAGCUUCUUGAAAAGAACCAGUCAGUAACAGUUGAGGAGCUAGCUGAGAUGAUUUUUGGUAGUGUGGAGCCUCUUGAGAGCUAUUGUGCUCAUCUUUUGCUUUCAAAAGACGAAAUUUACUUCGCAGUGCUGGAGACCAAAGGUUACAUUUCUGUUUAUGGGCCUCGUCCUGCCAUGCAGGUAGAAGAACUUCUACGUAGAAAGCUUGCUAAGGAGGUUGCUGAGAAGGAAUUUCGGGAGUUUGUGCAGUUGUUGAAAUCUGCCAAGUCAAUGCCUUCACAUGCUAAACCCCCCAAAUCCUCAUGGGAGGUUAAGGAGAAAAUUCGACACAGAAUCAAGUCUCUUGAAGCUUAUGCCAUUGAUAUGUGCGAAAAUGAUGACCAAAAGAAAACUGCUGGGAUGAUCAUGAAGGCAAUGGGAUUGACAAAGACAUCAACUUCAGCAUUAAAUCUUCUCAUAGAUGUUGGGUAUUUUGCAGUACACGUCAAUCUUGAUCUGUUAAAGUUCAACAUUCGCACUGACCAUUCGGAUGAGGUUAUGUCAGCUGCUGAAAGUCUUCUGUUGGAGUCAACAGACCCAGAUGAAGUUGACAGAAUUGAUCUUACUGACCUGAAAGUUUAUGCAAUUGAUGUUGACGAGGCUGAUGAGCUUGAUGAUGCACUGAGUGCAACAAGACUGCAGGACGGUCGUAUUAAAGUUUGGAUACAUGUUGCCGAUGCAGCUAGCUUAGUUCAACCUGGGAGCAUAAUUGACAGAGAGGCCAUGAAAAGAGGAACUUCUGUUUUCUUGCCCACUGCCACUUAUCCUAUGUUUCCUGAGAAACUUGCUAUGGACGGAAUGAGCUUGAAGCAAGGAAAGCUGUGCAAAGCUGUUACUGUGUCUGUUGUGUUGCAUUCUGAUGGCAGGUAAACUUUUCAUGUAUUUGAUAUGAAUUUUUUUUGGUCAGGAUUUUGAUAUGAAAUGCUCAGCGUCUGCUUUAUUAUAUGCAAAUACUAGUGCUGCAACUCAGGUGGGUUUGGUUGAGCCAGGGGUUUGGCCAGGUCCUGUCCAAGGUGUGUACAAGGAAGGACUUGCCUAAUCCUGACCUAGGAAGCACGGAUAAAGAUCCAGGAUACAGAUCCGAUAUGAUACAGAUACGACAAAACUUAUAAAAGUAGGAUAUGGGUACGGCUAGGAUAUGUUUGUAAAAAAAUAUUUUUUAAAAUAUUAGUAGGGAGUUACACAAGCUCAAGAAUGUUGAGGAACCUCACUAUAAUUUUAUAA